GAUUCUCGUCAUCUACUACCACACACGUUGAAGCUGAUGCCUCACAAUUCAGGUUUCUGUCUGAGCGCAGAGUGUCACAAGGAGCGUGUCUGUUCUUCCCGAGAAGGUUUAUUCUGCUUCUGCGGUCAUGUGUAGUUGCUUUAGUUCUAGACGUAAAUGCGAUGAAAGACCAAAGUUUCGAGUAAUUAUAUUGAUGUGCAGCUACAACAGGUGUCAACUUCGUUCUUCCUUGCAUUAGCAAAUCCGAAUUGCGCCCCUGUAAAUGUAACCCCUCUCUAAUUUCUUUUUCUGCGGCAUGUUGUCCUCAAAGCUGUAUCCCGUGCCCUUGAGCCUAAUCAACGUAAAGGUAAAUAAUAUGUUGGAUAAGUGAACUCAUCCUCAUACUCAUUACAGCAGUGAUUGAAGAUUUCAUCUGAACCUACCCUUAGCCACAUUCUCCCCAUCCGCAUCAAGAAAAACUGCAUCAAUACUUCUUAAUUCCGGUUCUACUUGACAAAAAAAUUUGCAGAAUAAUUAUUUUCAGAUUACAAAUUCAAAUACAACAAAAAUGCCGAUUACCCCUUCAAUGCCGUUGCUUGACCCGAAAGGGUUGCGGAAAUCCAAGCCCCCGGAAACCGUGGAACAGCGACUGCGCAAGAUCCGGCAGAAACAGAAUGAUGGAAUCACGCCAGGAAGUGACGGCUUUAAUUUCACGCGUGCGCCUGCGUACACGAUGCGAACAAGAGUCCUGUUUGGAUUGGACAAAGCACUCGGUGGAGGAGAAAAAUACGAAAUCUUUCGACGCAAAUCCUUUUCAGAUCGCAGAAGCUGUGUUGGGUUUCCUGCACCGAGUUGUGGACAGCUUGAGCGUCAUCCAAGGUUAUGGAGUGAGAGAGACGUGGUUCAAUGGUACUGUUCGUAGACCUGUCUUCACUAAAGUGACCAGUCCGCUAGGAUUCAGUUGUACUUACAGCGAUUACGAUUGGCCGCUACUAAUACCAUUUAUUCGAUUAAGAAUAGCUGCAAAUCUUCUAUCAUUUAGUACUUUAGUAGUACUAGUAGAUAAAGAUAUGAUGUAUUUUCGCCCUUCUGAUUGUUCAUCACAUCAAACGACCACUGUACAGGAUGACCGACGCUUUUCUUCGACGAGAGUGCGGAAUGAUGUUGGAUUUGAUUCCUUUGGGAGUGUCGGGCGCGGAGUUAGUCGAGUGGUCUGUCCAGAAGUGGGCUGAGAAAAUCUCGCCCGUACUGGCGAUCGAGCUGUGUGAAGAAUUGCGGUGCAAAACGGUUCAAUUUGAGGCGAACCAUGAGUUCGAUGACGGCGUCAGAAGAGGCGUCGACUACACGCUGUAUACCUCUCCAAAGUGGAAAAUCGGAGAAAAGAAUCCGGCUCCAGUCAAAAUUACUAAGGUCCCAGGCCCCGGACAUUACAAACAGCCCAGUACGAUUGGGAUGUCACCAAGCGGAAAAACGCAUCCAUUGUGGAAAAAAGAAGGCAUACCUGUAUUUGGCCUGGACGUGCGGUUUCCCGCUGCACAGUUAGACCCGUACCCAGGACCAGGAUCGUAUCCGACGAAAGGCUCUUUCGAAGGAGAUCCCACGAGAGAAACAGCACCGAAAUGGUCCUUGAGCGGCACACCAGGUGGGGCUUUUGCUUAAACAUGAAGAACCAAUUACAUGAUACAAUUUCUUCUAUUUUAAAUAACUACAUCAACAUAGAGAUAGACACACUGGGCAUACACAGACACGCUCCGUAGAAAAGGGAAGAUGGACUAAGGAGCCUGCAGCAUGGCUAUCCUCCUGACUUCGCAAACUUGGUAGUUUGUUUCUUCAAAAUUUCUAUUGCUUGUAGCGUAGUUCAAUGAUGAAGGCGAUAUUACGAGCGGACACAUGACACAAUAUCAAAGGUCUGAUAUUCAUUCGAUAAUGAUGUUCGUCAUUACAUGAUUGUAGUGAUUUCCUUUAAGGAGCAGCCUUUCUCCUUUAUGGAAGACUACCAACGAGCGCGCGUGCCUGCACUUCUUUACGUGGAAACGAAAAGGAUAGUAUUUAGCGAGUUUGAAUAUUAUUCGCAGAAAAAUGGUAGCAUCCAUUACAACAGCACAG